AUGGCCGACACACCAGCGGAAACAACGGCGAGCACCGACACUGGUAUCCGCGAUGAUGCCGCUGCGGCGGCAUCGGCCCCGACACCUUCGUCAAACAUCUCCCAGCCCUCCCCUUCUAGUCUCCCAUCGACCACUACCGAACGGAGGAAACGCAGUUUGCCUGAGGGGUCGCCCGAAGGGCCCGAAGGGGAAGGGGGUCGUUCCUCAUCUGCCGCCGCCGCCGCCACCACCACCACCGGUAAUCGGCGAAGGAGCCACAAAGUCAGUCGCGCAUGCGACUUUUGCAAAUCCAAGAAGCUGAAAUGCUCUGGAACAAUCCCCUGCGAUGUCUGCACCCGCAAACGUCUCUCCUGCAUCUACGACGCGACCUAUCGCCGGGGUAGACCGCCGACGCCUCCCCCAGCAUCUAGCUCCAGCCAUGAGAAAUCGGAAGCUCGACUGGUCUCCUCAACUUCUCUAGAGGCGCAUAGAAGACCGCUUCCCUUCGCGGCGCCUAUCCAAUCUCCAGCCCCGCGUGAUGCCUCUCUCCCCGAAGCGGCCCGUAAGAGUACGGCUCAGACGAGAAGCAUUAAUCUUGUGACUGAGGAGCGAGACGUCGUGGGAGGCGGUCGCGGAAGCGUUCUACCAAUAUCAAGAGCCUCGCCGGAAGUCGAGAUUGCCGAAAUCGAAGGGCAGUAUGUCGACACCACCUCGAGUCUGACAUUUCUGCACCGAGCGUGGAAGCGUCUUUCGUCACAGAAAUCAAACACCCAUGACGUUCCAGGAAACAGACCCAGCGGCGCGGAACAGCACCAGAGGCUAACAAGAGCGGGAGACAGGCCUUUCGAGUCGGAAUCGUUGGACGUUUCGACCCUUCCCGACCGAACGGUCGGCUUGGACAUGCUGGACUUUUACUUUAAUGUUUGCGUAGUAACUUAUCGAUGCUUGCAUCAAGGUUACGUUGCCCAAUGGUUUGAAGUUUUGCUUGCAAAUGCAAAGAACAGCCGAGCCCUACACCACGAGAUUGGCCACGCCAAGGCCUCUAUUGUCUUGACGAUUCUCGCCAUCGUUACUCUCCGCCAAAGCAAGGUCCGAAGUGCUGGCGAGGGAGAGGGUUCUGACCUUCAGCGCAGCGACGCCCUCUUUUGCCAGGCUUUGAGUCUGACGGACAUGGAGAUCGGGCUGCCGAAGCUGGAAUCCUCACAAGCGCGCCUGCUGCAGGUUCUAUACCUCCUCCAAUCAUCCCGCAUGAACCAAGCGUGGUACGUCUUUGGGAGCAUUCUCCCCAUCAUAUCAGCCCUGGGUCUACAUCGGAAAUCCGGGCGGAAUAGGGGCAGCAGCGAUAAGGACUACAUUCUCUCGCAGUGCAGGAAGAGGACUUUCUGGGUGGCCUAUACCAUUGACAAAUAUCUUUCGGUUGUCUUCGGCCGUCCGAGGAUGUAUCGCGACGACGACAUCGACCAGGACUUCCCAGACUGCGUCAACGAUGAGGACAUGACACCCCAAGGAAGAUCCAGUGACGAGCCCGAAAUGGAUUGCCACGUAGAGAGCCUCAUAUUCCACGCGAAACUCGCCCAAAUCAUUGACGGUAUCUCGCAAGAGGUGUAUUCGAUCAAGCCUGUGCAUAAAGACGACCGUCUCAUGAUUGCGCAUCGAUAUGGAAAGGCUCUACACCAGUGGCGCGAAUCUCUGCCACAUCAUUUAGGCACUGUUCGGCCGAUGUCUUUGAUUCCAUCAUUCAGAAGGCAGAAUACAGCGCUGAAGCUCGCAUAUUGCCAUGCCAUCAUGCACGCCAACCGGCCCUUUCUCCUUGGUACGGGUGGCUCAAGAGGUGGUCAGCGGUCCCCUCUAGACGACAGCAUAGACGAGUGCAUCACUGCGGCAAAGGCUGCGCUCGAGACGGUUGACGGCAUGGCCAGUGACGGAACGUUAUUCCACGCCUUCUGGUGGACACCGUAUGUCACUUUUUGUGCGCUGGCAGUAGUGUACGUUUAUGAAAUUCAAAGAGGAAGACAGGAUGGGGAAAGGGGGCUCUUUGAGUUGGCAGAUCGCUGUCAGAAUCACUUGACAAAAGCGACGACUGCCGAGAGCCCCAGCCGCAGAUACUCUGUCAUACUUGAAGAGCUUCGACAAGAAGCCAGUUUCUACUCCGAAGGUCCCUCCGGCCGCGAGAAAAGGCCGAUUAUUGAACGAGCCGAUCACGGAGGUGCUGAGCCGAUGCAGCUGGAUGACAGUUCGGGCGCUCCAGCACCGCCAGCCGAUAUGGGUGAGGUGUUCCAGCAGCACGGCUUUGAAGGGAUGACGAACCUCCUGAGUGGUUGGGAGACCACAGAUUGGCUGGACUUGGAUUCUUCGGCCUUUGCUACGUUUCCCAACUUUGAAGGCUCGCCAGUCUACUGGAUGCCGGACGUUCAAUGA